ACAAGUAGAGGAGGUCGAACAGUACGAGUACAUGGCAAAGGAGGGAAGCACCAGCACUCCAGAGGAAGAUAUGGGUCCUUGACGUCAUUUACCGUAUUGGCAAUAUAUGGUUUAGUUCCCCAUACGAGAACAAACCAUACACCAUAAACCAUAUGGGUCCGUAUGGCGUAUGGCGUAUGGUUAGAAAGCCUGGCUCUGGGGAGCCAACCAACCUACCACUAGCACCGCACUAAGUUACCCAACAAUUUAGGCGCUGUGCCGACAGUUUAUCCAGGCCACCAGACGUGGCGAUAGGUACAUCAGGAGAAACCCGGGUUUCACAGCCAGGACAUCUUCUAUUUAGAAGUACGAUGACUUGUCCUUCCAUGAAUCCUGCUUUCUGGAGAUGUUGACAGUUCCAAUCCCCCACACUACUACUGACCUAGCUUACUAUCCAAACAAUCAUCCAUUUGUUCAUUACACCCCGACACCCAACUAAUCUCACAACUUCUCACGACCUACGCCCCAUGGAUUGGAGACACUCCAAGCUCUACGACAGUCGUGCCUCCUGGGCGCGGCCAAUUCAGAUCCGAGAUAACGAUCUCAUGUUCGAGGGCAAAGCUCUGAGUACCUUGCACGAGGAGUCGAGGGAGGGGGUUUGCCGCGCGUGUUCUGAACACAGACGGGCCAGCAAGGCAACCGGAACGCGAGAAUACGCAGCUGUGUGGAUCAGGGACCCAUACUUAUUCCGGACGACAACACGUCUCACCUGUACAAUAAGUUGCUGAGCUACUAUUACUAUUACAAGCUGGGAGCAUCACAGCAGCCAGCACCGGGGCUUCAUUGUCGCUGACGCUGCUGGAAGACCUACGAUGCCCCUUUGUUGGCUGCUCCGGCAAAGAUCUUCGUCCCGAGUGCACCGCCAUCCGCUAAAUAUACCCAGGCUCCGUGACGGGUCCCUAGUCUCCCUUGCGAGUGUCCAGAAUCACGAAACGACAAGCCUUACC